UCCUCCGCGCACUGCGCUAGCGUCCCGGCAUUCUGCUUUCCGGCGCUCUGCCUUCCGGUGCGUCGUUUACGCCAGUUUGAACCAAAGACGCCCAAGGUUGAGGCCGAGUUCCACAACAUGGGGUCUCGGUUGUCCCAGCCUUUUGAGUCCUAUAUCACUCCGCCUCCCGGUACCGCCGCCGCGCCCGCCAAGCCUGCGCCCCCAGCUACACCCGGAGCGCCGACCUCCCCAGCAGAACACCGCCUGUUGAAGACCUGCUGGAGCUGUCGCGUGCUUUCUGGGUUGGGGCUGAUGGGGGCGGGCGGGUACGUGUACUGGGUGGCACGGAAGCCCAUGAAGAUGGGAUACCCUCCGAGUCCAUGGACCAUUACGCAGAUGGUCAUCGGCCUCAGCAUUGCCACCUGGGGUAUCGUUGUCAUGGCAGACCCCAAAGGGAAGGCCUACCGCGUUGUUUGAAAGUACCACCAGUGAAUCUGUCUUCUGUCUCUGUCCCUUUCCCCGUGACACACAGAGCGGGCAUGGAAUUUAAUGGGUGUUCUGGACAGACACUUGUACAUGGACAGACAUCACUACUGUGGAUACUACAAGACUGAAAAGAAAAUCGUAUGUUGUCAUUCUCUGGCUAUGGAGUGUUUGUGGCCUUCACAGAUUUCACAGGAACCAAUAAAUCCCUCAGAGAAGUAAACAGGUUCUUUGUCUUAUCUGGGGAAGGAAAGUAUAACUUAUGUUUAAAUAUAAUUGUUUAAUUAAGCAUUAUAUAUAAACAUAAUAGUAUGUCUUAUAUAAUUGCAUAUCAUAUAUAUAAUAAACAAAUAUGUUUAGUUAUAUAGUUAGUAUAAUUUUUAAAACUUUUAAAUAGAGCAUAUGGUAAACCAAUGGGAAAAUUAGCUAUUUUACUUUAUUAUUUUAAAGAGUUCUUUUUAUUUCUUUCAUAAUUGGAUCAACAACUGUUAUCAACCUAACCCUGGGUGGGCAUCAUGCAAUAUAUAGAAGUACGUGAAAUUUUCUAUGUAUGAAUUGCUUAUACUUUGCAAGGCAUUUUCAAAUCCAUCACCUUAUCAGAGCUUCACAGCUAGUCUGAGGUAGUUACUUCAUUGGAGGUAAAACUUAAAACACAAGAAAGAGCCCACAUGAUUUGCCUAGGGUCAUUCAGUAAGUCCGUGAUGGAGCUAGAACUUGUUCUUGUCAGUUUUUUGUUCUAGUCUUCCCUUUCAUGGAGGCAAGAAUAACCAUUAUGAAACAGUUAGAUAAUCAUAAAAAUCAGCAUACAAUGAAAGACUUAAAUGUCACAAGAAAAAUUCAAAACCUUUAGCUAAAAAAAAAAAAGAUCUUUUGAUUCUUUUUCCACAAGCACUAGAUAUGUUUCUGUGAUGAUUUUGAGAUAAGUACUCAAAAUUACAUAGUUCAUUUCUAAGAGAAGGCCAUGUUUUUCUACCUGUUGGGUUUUUCUACCCUGAGAUACUAUGGCUUCUUUGUAAAGAUAUAUAAAGUGUUUUUCAAAGCGGAAAGAUACUGUUAAAUUCAGCUGCUAAUCAUAGUGUAUUUGUUUGGAAUGACAUGUUGAGCAAGUAGUAGUACCUUUACGGCUGUUGCUUUUUGCAGCAUUAUGUGGAAGUGCCUAAGUCUUUAGCCUCACAGAUGACGUUAGAAUCUUGUAUUUUCUACAUCAGAGUUCAUAGUGGGGAUGGUGCUAUAUAUAUCUAUGCAACUGAGAAGGAAAACAUUUCAAACCUAAAGUAGGCAACAAGAUAUUAUUUAUAUGAAAUCCAUAGCUCAGUUAUGCAAUGUUCAUGAAUAGAGAAGUUUUAAGUUGGAAGGGACCAUGGAUGACCCAAAGCAGAUACAUAUGGUCAUUCAUAUACCUAAAAUACCUACAAAGACAAGUUGUUCCCUGGUUUAAAAGGCAGUCUGUUCUAUUGAUGGACUGCUUUAGUCUGAACAUUUUCUUUGGUUAAACCAAAAACACAUAAACCUAACUUGGUCUUGGCUUGAUCUACUGGGUAAACAAUAACUCUUAAAUAUAUAUACAGUUGACCCUUGGACAACACAGGAGUUAAGAGCGCUGAACAUUUGCUCAGUGGAGAAUCUGCGUAUAACCUGACUCCUCAAAAACUUAAUUAGUAGUUAGUUUACAAUUGACUGGAAGCCUUAUUGAUAACAUAAAGCAGUUGAUUAACAUAUUUUUUGUGUUGUAUGUAUUAUAUACUGUAUUCUUACAAGAAGGUAAGCUAGAGAAAAAAAAUGUUAUUAAGGAAGUAAUAUAUUCACUAUUCGUUAGGUAGAAGUGAAUCAUCCUAAAGGUCUUCAUCCUCAUCUUCACUCUGAGUAGUCUGAGGAGCAAGAGGAGUUGGUCUUUCUGUCCCAGUGGCAAAGGUGGAAGAAAAUCCACAGAUACAUCUGGACCUGCGCAGUUCAAACCUGUGUUGUUUGGGUCAACUGUAUUGUAAUAGCGUUUUAAUGUUUUUCUCAGACUUUUACAAGUAUGAAUCUGAGCUUUUUCUGAAUAAACCUGCCUGCUCACCAUUAA